UGACGAGCGUGUAUCAGAUGAUAUCAACUAUCAGAAUGAUUUGCCAGCUCGAACACCGCUUGUUAAAGGUUUGACGACUAUAAGGAGGAAGGUCAGUCUGACGUUCCCUGGCCACUAACGUUAGAUUCAAUAUUACAGUCUGUCCCACGCCGAGUCGCUCUCGGUCCCUCGCAAUAAUAUUAUAGCCCUUCUUAAACACACGUUCCGUCUUCUAGAACACUCAACUCACGAUCCCUGCCAGGGCCUAGAAUUUAUUUCAGGAAUAUGAGCAGCUCUCUCUUUGUUGCUCCUUCCAUGCCCCCACCACGUCCAAGCACAGCCACAACAAUGGCAUCUGAUUCUACCAGUGGCAGGCGUGUCCCUCGAAACAGGGACUUUCUCAAUAAACAUGAUCACCGUCAUCAUUCUUAUGACCCAGAAAAAGCCCCAUAUCCUCUAAGUUAUGAUAGACAAGUCCUAGAGCUGGAAAACCUGGACCACAGCUUCGUCAUGCACGUCAAGAAAUCAGUUUCAGUCGUCCAAUUUCCAGAUCACAUCUUUCCAAAACGCUCUCUCGAUCUUGGCUGCGGGGGGGGGACGUGGAUACUCGAUGCUGCGAAGGAAUGGCCAGAAUGCGAAUUCGUUGGGUUUGAUCUUGUGGAUGUACAAGUUCCGUUAUCAUUACUGGAGCCUGAUAUUGCGAGCCGCGUCUCGUGGGUUCACGGGAACUUUCUGACAACGAAACUCCCGUUUGACGAUGACGAAUUCGAUCAUGUUCACAUGCACGGCUUAGGUCGGGGUAUUCCUGAGAACAAGUGGGGUGUUCUCUUUGAGGAAGUGAACCGUGUCCUACGACCAGGCGGGGUUGUCGAAGUCCUCGAACAUGAUAUCCUAUUCCCCACGCUGCCUACCUGGUUCACGGCACCUUUGCGAACACGCAAUAAGCGUUCAGAUUCUGUUCACUAUCCCAACGGCUCGCAUCAUCGCAGUGACAAACCACCCUCGUCACAACCAGACAUCCCACCCCUACCUCAUGACCAUGUACUACUCGAAAGCUUGUAUUACGCUGUAUUUGAGAACCGAUUUAUCAACUUACGACCAACAGCUAUUCUCCCAAUAUAUUUCACCUCGAAUUUCCGUCGAGUAAUAUCUGCGCCUAUUGUCCAUUUCCGCAUGCCUGCAUUACCCCCUUUACAACCAUUACCACAACCAUUGCCACCAAAUGCGCUUCUUAUGGAAGCUUCGUUAUCCUCAGACAGAUCUGAAACCACCUCACAACCUCACGCGCCCCCCACGCCUCGUCCUGUCGCCGUUUCAUUCUCGUCUACUCACUCCUCUGCUACGAGUAAAUCAGCCUCGUCAGGGGAAUCAUCGUUAUUCAGUAAUAUGGAGGGUUCUACGCUCUCAUGCCCAACAACGAAUCCUGCAAAUUGCUCGCCACAUUCACCAGCGCUCUCGUGCGAUACGGCCAACACCUUGAGCUCUGAAACAGAAACAGCUCAUGUCAUAAAAAAACCACUUUAUAUAGUUGAUAGUUCAGCGGCUGAGAGUACAUCUAUGGGCAUUGCAGCUUCACAGUCCCUGAUUCCUCUCGACGAGAUCGACAAGCUUAGCGAACGUUCGCUCGCUAUGCAAUUAUACUGGUCGUAUCAGAGUGUACUAGCAUGCCAAGAGGCUAUGUACGAGGAGCUCCUGGAUCGCACGAGAAAUCGGACAGGGCAAUUAAUGGAGUGGGGGUGGGACACCGAUGAGGAGCUGUCCGAACUGGAGAGUCGGACGAAAUUCGAGAUACUGAUAGACCGCUAUAAGCGCGAUAUGCAGGCGCGAAUAUCUUUGUGGUGCUCACUUGCUGAGCUGGGGUGGUCCGUUCCUCCGCGGGAGGCAAUGUCGAAGGCAGAGCUUGUGGAGGAGGAGAGACUCUAUCGGGCUAUGCUUGAAGCGCGACAGUUUGCCUCUGAAGAGGACCUGUGCACACCUUGCCGGUCUGUGCGAAUACUCGCGGGUUACAAGGAUGUACAGUGAUUUCACUGCUUCCUGCUGGGCUGAUGUUUCCAUUCUCAUUCGUGUUAAUUGCUUAUUGCUUUGGUAUUUAUGUGUUUUCCUCUUGGAGCGUUGACUCUCUCAAGGUUUAUCCGCUGCACAUAUGAGCUUAAAAUGAUGUUCUUGUAGCAAUAUGUUUACGAUGUUUGUAGGACACCGUGUUCUGCUAUAAUGAUAAUGGUUCGGGAUGAAGAUUAUUUUGAUUGAAAGUAAAGUCCCGAUUAAUUUCCUUUUCUGGACAUAUACCGGCAAACGCCGCCGAAGUGGCGGUGACAUUUUUUGCAAAGUCCUGUGAAU